UUAUCCGGUCAGGGCGCGUCCAACAGCCGCUCCGCCUUCCGCCGCCAUCAGCCCCGAGUAGCCUCCGCCGGGAAGAAGCCCCCCCGGGAAGGAUGACGACGCUAACGCGGCAGGACCUCAAUUUUGGACAAGUGGUCGCCGAUGUCCUUUCUGAAUUUUUAGAAGUAGCCAUUCACCUUAUCCUUUAUGUCCGAGAGGUUUACCCCACUGGGAUUUUUCAGAAGAGGAAAAAAUAUAAUGUUCCUGUUCAGAUGUCUUGCCACCCCGAACUCAAUCAAUAUAUUCAGGAUACCCUCCACUGCAUCAAACCUCUGCUACAGAAGAACGACGUGGAAAAAGUGGUAGUAGUCAUCCUUGAUAAGGAGCACCAUUCGGUAGAAAGAUUCGUCUUUGAGAUCAUGCAGCCCCCAUUGCUGGCAAUCAGCUCCGAUUCCCUCCUCACCCAUGUGGAGCAGCUUCUGCGGGCUUUUAUCCUGAAGAUUAGCGUUUGCGAUGCUGUUUUGGACAACAACCCUCCAGGCUGUACUUUCACCAUCCUGGUGCACACCCGCGAAGCUGCCACGCGCAACAUGGAAAAAAUUCAAGUGAUCAAGGACUUCCCCUGGAUUCUGGCCGAUGAGCAGGACGUCCACAUGCACGACCCCCGGUUGAUCCCCCUGAAGACCAUGACCUCCGACCUCUUGAAGAUGCAGCUGUACGUCGAGGAGCGGGCGCAGAAAGGCACUUGAACCUCGACCCUCCCAACCAUUUUGGAAGCUGCAAUCCAGGGGAUGCAUGACCAAGCUGCACCCCCGUCUCCUGCAACCACAUCAAUGCUCGGUUGAACGCGCGUGUCCGAGUCCCUUCUUAGCUACCGGGUGAUUGUGUUUUUAAAAGUGCUCUUAAACCCCGCCCGGUUAUUCUCACUUUCUUCAGCCGAUUCAGAGAGUCGGGUACUUUUCAAGUGGUUAGACCCGAGGGAGGACGGGGACAUUGCAGAACUGUGCCUAGAAAGUGGUAAUGUCUUGUUUGCUGUAAAAACCCUCGUCCGUCUUGUUUUAAAGUCAAUGUUUAUCGCUGUGUUCUGAGGUGGCAAUGUAGAACAAUAUGACGACAAAUUCACUGUAAAUAAACUUGAAACGUUGAAUCUU